UUGGCUGCCAGUGUAAAAAUUUCAAGUUGGGCUUGGUUCCUUUUUUUUCGCAGGACGUUUGGCAGGAAAAUUUAUAUCGCUGUUCGUUGAUUCGCAAAAUAUUUAAUUAAAUAUAGUUACCGAAUAUGAGCAGUAUCUUAAAAUUGCAGUCGUUUAUUGUUAGGGGUGUUGCAAAUAAUGGAUUUAACAAGGUAAUAUUGUACCUGCGACAGACAAGCAUUACUCCAAUAUGUUCUCGAUCCUUGCACCUUAAUGUAGACCGAAAUAAUGCCAAGUGUUCAGAUGCAAGUUCAAAAGCCUACCCUAUAGUCGACCACACUUAUGAUGCAGUGGUUGUUGGGGCUGGUGGAGCAGGCUUACGGGCAGCAUUUGGUUUGGUGGCAGAGGGAUUCAAGACUGCGGUAAUUACAAAAUUAUUUCCUACUAGAUCUCACACUGUAGCAGCGCAAGGUGGUAUUAAUGCUGCCUUAGGAAAUAUGGAAGAAGAUCAAUGGCAGUGGCACAUGUACGACACCGUGAAGGGUUCCGAUUGGCUCGGCGAUCAAGACGCCAUCCACUACAUGACUCGGGAAGCGCCCAAAGCCGUCAUCGAAUUAGAAAAUACCGGCAUGCCUUUCUCUAGAACGACCGAGGGUAAAAUAUACCAGAGAGCCUUCGGAGGACAGUCGUUGAAGUUCGGCAAAGGCGGCCAAGCGCACAGAUGUUGUUGCGUAGCGGACAGAACUGGCCACAGUCUUUUGCACACCUUAUACGGACAAAGUUUGAAAUACGAUUGCCAUUAUUUUGUGGAAUACUUUGCUUUAGAUCUCAUUAUGGAAGAUGGAGAAUGUAGGGGAGUAAUAGCUUUGUGCCUUGAAGAUGGUACUAUUCAUAGAUUUAGAUCGAAAAACACGAUUCUAGCUACUGGUGGGUACGGUCGCGCAUUCUUCUCGUGUACCUCAGCUCACACAUGUACAGGUGACGGUACGGCUAUGGUGGCCAGAGCAGGUUUGCCUAGCCAGGACCUGGAGUUUGUCCAGUUUCAUCCUACAGGUAUAUAUGGUGCCGGCUGUCUAAUCACUGAAGGUUGCAGAGGUGAGGGUGGUUACUUAAUAAACUCACAGGGUGAGAGAUUUAUGGAGCGGUACGCUCCAGUAGCCAAGGAUCUGGCUUCCAGAGAUGUGGUCUCCAGAAGUAUGACCAUCGAGAUCAGAGAAGGUAGAGGUUGUGGUCCAGAAAAAGAUCACGUAUUUCUGCAAUUACAUCACUUGCCAGCUGAACAGCUGCAUCAAAGGUUACCCGGUAUAUCGGAAACAGCGAUGAUUUUUGCGGGAGUUGAUGUAACGAGAGAGCCAAUUCCAGUAUUACCAACUGUGCAUUACAAUAUGGGCGGUGUUCCUACCAACUACAAAGGACAGGUUCUUACGAAUUGUAACGACGAAGACGUGGUAGUACCGGGUCUUUAUGCUUGCGGCGAGGCGGCUUCGUGUUCCGUUCAUGGAGCUAAUCGAUUGGGUGCCAAUUCCUUAUUGGAUUUGGUUGUGUUCGGUAGAGCGUGCGCCCUCACAAUUGCCGCCGAAAACAAACCUGGAGAAGCAAUUGGAAGCAUUAAGGCGAAUGCUGGCGAGGAAUCCGUAGCUAAUCUUGAUUGGUGCAGAUAUGCUGCCGGUUCGAUACCAACUGCAGAUCUCAGACUGCAAAUGCAAAAAACUAUGCAAAGUCAUGCCGCCGUGUUUAGAACCGAGGACGUCCUACGAGAAGGUAUCGAUAAAAUGAAGAAGCUCUAUGAAUCAUUGCAAAAUUUGAAGGUUUCAGACCACAGUCUGAUUUGGAACUCGGAUUUAGUUGAAACCCUUGAAUUACAAAAUUUAAUGCUGAACGCUAUGAUGACCAUCGUUGGAGCCGAAAAUCGCAAGGAAUCCCGGGGAGCCCAUGCAAGAGAGGAUUACAAAAAUCGUUGUGACGAAUAUGAUUACAGUAAACCUAUAAAAGGCCAACAAAAGAAGGACAUUAAAGACCACUGGAGAAAGCACACUUUGGCCGACAUCGAUCCGAAAACUGGUAAAGUCAGUAUCAGAUACAGAGGCGUCAUCGACGAUACUUUAGAUUCUCAAGAAUGUAAAACAGUACCGCCUGCGAUCAGAUCGUAUUAAGAUUAAGUUUCGUUAUCAUUAAAUUUAUUUCAAAAAUAAAUUCUGGCGUACUUAUAAUUUUUAAUAACACAUCACUUGUGUUACGAUCGAAAAAAACAAAUAUUUAGUUUACUAUCGGACACAGCAAUACGUAUACCAGUUAUCAAACAAAAAAAUAUAUAUUUCUGGUCAUAUAGAGUACUUACUAUUUUUGUUCAAAAUCAACGUUCAAUUUUCAAUUCAAUUAUUUAUUUUGAAGUAUUUUCAGUCGUGCCUUGUGGAGCAAGGCAUUUUAUAUAUAUUUUUGUUCAUUUAAAAAAGUAUUGGUUUAGAUCUAUAGGUAUUUAUUAUUUAAAAUUUAAGAUAAUUAAAGCAAGCAAGUACCGUUGAGGCUGAUGAAACUAUUAUGUGAAUAUUUCUGUAAAAAUGAUAUUUAAUAAAUAAAGAAGGAAAAAGGAACA